UCUACACAUCCUUACACUUACUAUUAUUUAAUUUAUAUUAUUUAUAAACACCACCAAAAAAAAAAUAGAAAUAAGAAUACAGAGGUGAGAAAUUGACCGAUCGCCAGCGUUAUAUGUGUCGCCGGAUAAUAUUAUCUUCUCCGGUGAAUCUCUGCCUCCAAGCUUCGAAGCGAGAAAAUUCCAGAAAUUUCUACAAUUUGUGCAGUUGUUUCAAAAGGGCUGUCUCAUAAUUACAUGAUUGAGGCCAUAAGAAAAUUAAAUUGGGGAAAAAGGAGAAAAUAUAAUAAUUAAAAUUUUAAAAAAAAAGAUGUUGACAUGUAUAACGUGCUCAAAGCAAAGAACAGAGGAUGGAGAAGAAGGGCCGAGUGGGAUCAACACAAAAGAUGCCGUCAAAACCCUGACUUCNNNNAUCAAAGACAUGGCACUAAAGGUCUCAGGAUCGUCAUCGUCAUCGAAGUACAAUAAACCGAGCCAAACAGGUCCCAACUUCCGAACGGCCCAAAAACAAUACCGCGAAUUCGACACGAUUUCCGAGGGAGUUCCAUACGAACCGGGAAGCUCGAGCUCGACCCCAGCUUGGGAUUUCAAGCGCACGAGCCACCAUUAUCAUAGAACAGUCCCGAGAUUCAGCGUGUCGUCUUCGCAGUUUGGGGACGUCACGUUAGAAGAUGAGGACGAGCCGAGAGAGUGGAUGGCCCAAGUCGAGCCCGGCGUGCAAAUUACGUUUGUGUCCUUACCACGCGGAGGAAAUGACCUCAAACGAAUACGUUUUAGCCGGGAAAUGUUCGAUAAGUUUCAAGCUCAAAGAUGGUGGGGAGAAAAUUUCGACCGAAUAAUGGAGCUAUACAAUGUGCAGAAGUUCAAUCAGCAAGCUAUGGACACACCAGGAAGAUCUGAGGAUGGAAGAGACUCAACCUACUCCAAACUGGGCUCCGCCUUCGAAAGCCCGCGAAUGACCCCAUCCAUAAACCGUGAGUGGGCCCCACGGUUUAACAAACCGUACAGUGGUGGGCCACCCGAGCCCACAGCCCAAAGCCAUCAUUACUACAACAACGCGGGCCCCACCAUGGAAGCUUCGCGCCCUACAACCUCAUCAUCCAUAGACGAGCCUUCGGUUUCCAUAAGCAAUGCUAGCGAUAUCGACUCGGAAUGGAUCGAAGAAGACGAGCCAGGAGUUUACAUCACGAUCCGCCAGCUCAUGGACGGGACUCGGGAAUUAAGGCGUGUUCGGUUCAGCCGAGAAAAAUUCGGGGAAGUUCAUGCAAAGAAUUGGUGGGAAACUAACAGGGAGAGGAUACAAGAUCAAUAUCUUAGCUAAUGCUAAUGCAACUCAUACGAAUGCAAUGCAAUUUUGAUUGUGUGAUCGAUUGAAAUGAGAACAAUUACAUAUGAUUUGAUGAUUUAUAUCUAACUAGUAGCUAUAAGAAAACUGCAGCAUACAAAAAAAUGUUCUAAAGUUUAAAGGUACAUCUUGUUAUGUCAUGCUUAGUUUUGGGGUGUAAUGUACAACUUUGUUUUGGGAAGAAACUCUUUCUUUAUGUACUUUUAGGCUUGAAGUUUUCAGUAUACAGUGUAGAAUGACAAUUUUUUUUUUAA